AUGAAGAUCGAAUUUGCAGAGCUUGAGGAGUCCCUUGAAUUGAUCAGGCAAUUUCCUUCGAAACACUUUUUAAUGAAUCUGAUGGAGGCCGUUGAAUCAUUUGUUUGCAUUAUCCAACACUGGAAUCGAUGGCUGUUGCGUCAUCGAGGCGCACGCAAUCCGUACCAUUAUAUACGUGGAAUACCAUGGGCGAUCGCCAAGGUGCGCGACAUGCGUUUUCGAUACGCGAAACUCGUAUACAAAAAACAAGUCGAAGCAGAUAUUAUCUCACGUCGUGGAGACAUGGUAGUGAAUCCACCAGCGGCGUCGCAUGUAACGAAAUCGAAACGUGACUACACGAAAGUUUCGAAGGACUUGAGUUCGCAUGUAAAUAAUCCAAUUCAUGCCUGCGGCGACUAUCAAAAGAUCGGUUGUACGGUAAAUUCCCAAGGCUUUCUACCACCUGCAUCGUCACUGCAUUCGUUGUCGUCGACUCCAAUGGUUGGUAUUCAGGCGUUGAGACAAGGGGCCUCGUUCGUUUCGGCUUCUUGUGAAGCCAGUGGGGAUUCACAACCUUUUACUUUUAGACUACGUCACGGCAUUCAGCAAGGAGUUGCGAAUGUGGUUUUUUCGAGCUAUUCGAAUCCGGAUAGCCGAGCCAUUUCACAUACACGUGCAGACGUAACAAUACGUCUAGACGAGGUUUUAGCAUGCGACCGCGAUCGCAAAGAUGGGUCAUCAAAUGUCGAAGGCGACGAAAUCAAUAUGAGCUGGUGUUUGUCAUACGGAGAUGAACGUUCACGCAGCAAAAGUGCUGUGGCACAGAUUAGACUGUUGGAUUUUAACGACGUGUUCAUCCGCGCUCGCAAUUUUCGUCUCCGGUCUACGAUCAACCUCGUUCUCAGAAUCCGUUCGAUAAGUGGAAUCGACAAUGUAUGGCUUGGGCAAGCCGACGCAAAAUGGUGGAUGGAUACGGAAUUAGAUUCCAAUGGAUAUGCAUUUCCGGCACAAUUUUAG